UUCUUCUUGAUUGUUGGAGAGAAUUGAAGGUUAUGCGUGACUCAUUCUUGCAUCACAUUGUCACAUCCGUUUUGGGAGGGGAGGAGAAGCCGGGAGGUGGUGUUUUGCUCAUAUGGGGUUGUCUGUCUUUCUGUUCGCCGAGCAACAGUCCGGUCCGGUGCUCUAUAUGAUGGAGGGAGGGAGAACGACCGUCAAUGUCCUUAAAAAAGAAGUUAGGGGAAAGGGUGGGAGAGAGGGCAGGCUGUAUUACAAGCGUAGAUUUCGAACCAUGAUUCCCUUUCAUUCCAUUUCCUCUAGACGGGCAGACAAAACUCACAGACAUGAAGUAACGAUGAUGUAUAUGUUGUUGAUGUAUGGCGUCGAGCAUUGGGAGGGGAAGAGAGUGGGUGUGGUGGAUGUUAGUAAACUUGCACACAUAUUGUGUUUUCUCGUCAAAUGGGUGGCUUUUCUCCUUGUUCUUAUCGGUUUUAUAGAAAUAAGUUUUACUUUAUUUCAUGUUGUUACUUUGCAAACAUGAGACUUUAGAGAACAAUCUAUAUCACAUGAACGACCAGCCACAUGCCUUCACAAGAGAGUCACAACGUAUUUUAAAGGAGAAGCCAUAUUUAAUAUCACAACGUCACAUAUUUCAAGCAAAGGGGAGUUCGUAUUGACUUUUUCGCUUUCAAGAGCGGAGAACAAGAAGUGUUUGACAUUAUCAUCUCGGCGUUGACCACACCACUAUAUAGUACAGUUAUUUCUUCCUCCUUCUCCCAGAGACUACUACUACUUCGUCCACUUUCUUCCUCCUCUUUU